CUCUAUCACUAACUACACUUACUGUCCAAUGAACCCAACCAAUAAACAAUAUCUGUUUAACAUUACAACUACUAAUAAAGCUGGGAAUGGAUCUACCAGUAACAUAACUGUUGGAUUUCAAUCAACAAUAGAUGUACAGUUAUAUGUAACUGAUAAGGAAAGAGAGAAUGUAAAUUGGACUUUUCAUUUCAUUGUAUCUGUUCAUCAGUCUUGUACUAAUGUACUACCACUAAUGAACAUUACAUUGAAAGGAUGCACUAAGGAUAACUGUUAUUUAACAACAAAUGUAUCCAUAAGCAAUAGUUCUUAUAAUAACAUUUCACUUGUUGUUCAAUUUCCAUCAAAUAAGACACUGAAUACUAAUGCUACCUUGUACUAUCAAAAUGGAGUUACAGUUCAAAGCAACACUAUAACAAUCAGUACUCAUGAUCUUCAGGAAUUCACAUUGAUUAAUAUCACAUCAAAUUCUGUUUGUCUUCAGUUUCAGUAUGUCAGUGGCAGUACACCUUAUAUUGAUGUAAUUCUGCUUGCUGAUGACGUAGGCUAUAUUACCAGUUUCAAUAUAUCUCCUAAUGAUCAGUUGAACUUUACUCAGUGUAUUACUAACAUACCAGCUGGUAAUAACUUAACACUGUAUGCAUGUGAAUGGGCAACCUUUUGGAUCUGUACAUCUAAUCCUCCUGCUGUAAUAACUGGUAUUAAUAUUACUAAUGACUUUACAUCUUCAGUUCUAAUGUCAUCAGUUCAUUCAUCAUCAGUAUCACUCACAUCAACAGUAUUGACUACUCCAUCAAUGAUGUCUGUACCAUCUACUUCACCAGUAAUAACUACUUUGUCAGUUUCAACUACUUCAUCAUCUACUUCAAUUACUUCAUCAAUGACAUUUUUACCAACAAUGGUGUCUACUUUGUUUUUACCAACUCCAUCAAUAGCAUCUGAAUUUAGAACAUUUCCUUCAUCAGUAUCAACUACUUCAACAGUACAACAUAUUACAAGCAGUACCAUCAUAAACAAUAUCACAGAUACUCCUACCAUCAAUAGCCCUACUUUUAUUAAUACCACUAGAUUAACUAGCACAUUAGUGACAGGUACUUCAACUGCUUCAUCCUCAUUUGUUAUAGCACAUUCAUCCCUAACUUCUUCAUCCAUUGCUCUUUCUUCAUUAUCAUCUCUACUUUCGUCAUCCCCAAGUCCUUCAUUGACAGCUCCUUCAUCCAUAUCUUCUUCUUCAUCAAUUAUUGGACUCGCUUCUGGGAUAUCAAUUGCACUACUAAUUAUAAUAAUUGUUGUUAUAGUAAUUGUAGUGGUAGCAGCAACAGUUCGAUUUAAAAAGAGAAGAGGAAGAAUGGAAGUGACUACUAGUAACAUUUAUUCCACUGGACCAAAUAUGAUUCCAUUGAAUGGUGUAGUGAGAGAUGAUCCUCCUCCUAAUACUCCUCCAGCAGUAGUUCCCCCACCUAUUUACACAGAGGUACGUCGCUUUAAGGAUAACAGUGAGAGAGGAGUGUAUGAUAAAGUGUCUUGUGUGUCAGCUAAUGGACAUCAAACAGAUCACAAUGUUGAUAGGAAUGGAAGCUAUUAUUCUACUCUCAAUGCACAAUCAGGAACUGUAUACGAUACAUUGCAGCACAAUAAUAAUAGUAAUCCAGUACAGCAUAGAGUCAUACCCUCUAAAGAGAAUUCUAUUUCAGGCAGUAUCUCCUUCAAUAUUGUACCAGAGACACAAUAUGUGUAUGUCAAUGAUAAUGUGACAUUUGAAUGUGCUCUUAAUGUGACUCAAUAUUAUCCCUCUUUUGUGACUAAUCCAUCAGUUGAUGGUUUAGAAUUAUUCUCUGGUGGAACGGCAUCACUCACCUUAACAGCAACAAGUGAAGUAAAUGGUACAGAAGUUACCUGCCAAACACCCAAUGGAGCCUCUACCACUGAACCAGCAUAUCUAUAUGUACAAG